UUGCGAUUAAAUAAACCAUUCUUCCUUCCUCUCUUCUAUUCUGCAAGGGCCAUGACUGUUGCCACCGCCGCCGCCGCCCAUUCCAAGAAGCUGAUGAAGCUUACUCUCUCCCUCUUUGGCAAUGGUUUCAACUCCUCCAAAUGCAAAACAGCGGCCAAAAUGGCGGUUGCGAGGAUAAAGCUACUCAGGAACAAGAGACAAGUGGUGGUGAAGCAAAUGAGGCGUGACAUCGCCCUGCUUCUUCAGUCCGGUCAAGACGCCACUGCCCGCAUUCGAAUUGAGCAUGUCAUAAGAGAACAGAAUGUUUUGGCUGCAAAUGAGUUCAUUGAGCUCUUUUGUGAGUUAGUUGUAGCCAGGCUUUCCAUCAUUAAAAAGCGAAGGGAAUGCCCUGCUGAUCUAAAAGAAGGGAUUGCUAGUUUGAUAUUUGCGUCCCCAAGAUGUGCUGAAAUCCCAGAGCUGAUAGAAAUCAGAAACAUUUUUGAGAAGAAAUAUGGAGCAGAUUUUGUAGUUGCAGCCACUGAUCUGCGACCCAACUGCGGUGUUAAUCGCUUGCUGAUUGACAAGCUCUCGGUGAAAACACCUACAGGUGAAGCAAAAUUGAAAGUCAUGAAGGAAAUAGCUAAGGAGCACAAUAUAGAAUGGGAUAUAUCUGAAUCAGAAAAGGAGCUGCUCAAACCUCCUGAAGACCUUAUAGAGGGGCCACGUUCAUUCGUUAGUGCUUCCAGCUUACCUGUGAAACAUGCUACAGUUCCGUUCCCUGAGCCGAAAGAGUUGACGACCAGAGGGGAAGAGGACCCUGUUCGUUUUAAAAACACUGUUGCAGCCGCUGAAGCUGCUGAAGAAUCUGCGAAAAGAGCAAUUGCUGCAGCACAAGCUGCUGCAUAUUUGGCCAACCGGAACAGUAAUCUAUUUAGUGAAGCCUCCGGUUGUGUUAACUCCACUCUUGGAUUCGUUCCAACCAAUCCUCCUGGACCUAGGGGAAUCAAUGAAUCUCGGAGUUUCGGAACGUUUUUCGCUCCAAGUAGUGAGGAAGUAAGACCCAGCAACGAUGAAGGUGGGAAGACCUGGAGGAGACACAGCUACAAUAAUGCCCCUCCUGCAUAUUCAGACAUAAAGUUUGAUGAAUCAGAUUGUGAUGAAGAAAUAGAAGCAGAAGAUGAUCUUCCACCUCCAGUAUCUCAUGAUGAUAAACGUGAUUCUUCUAUUCAUCGUGUUCACCCGAAAUUGCCGGAUUAUGAUGAUCUUGCAGCUCGUUUUGAAGCUCUCAAGUUCCGCAAAUCACUACCAUGAGAAUUAUAUUAUUGGAAUUCGGAUAUUAUAUUGUUA